AAAAGGAGAAUUAUUUCAAAAUGGCUAAUCGGACCGUGAAAGAUGCUCACUCAGUUAAAGGAACUAAUCCACAGUAUUUAGUAGAGAAAAUUAUACGAACUAGGAUUUAUGAAAGUCGUUAUUGGAAAGAAGAAUGUUUUGCAUUAACUGCAGAACUGAUGGUUGACAAAGCAAUGGAACUGAAGUAUAUUGGUGGAGUUUUUGGUGGAAACAUUAAGCCAACACCGUUUUUAUGUUUAGUAUUGAAAAUGUUACAGAUUCAACCUGAGAAAGAUAUUGUUGUUGAAUUCAUCAGAAAUGAAGAUUUCAAAUAUGUGCGUGCCCUAGGAGCAAUGUAUAUGAGACUUGUUGGAACAUCUUUAGACUGCUUCAAAUAUCUGGAGCCUUUGUAUAACGAUUACAGGAAGUUGAGGAGACAAAAUAAAUCUGGAGAAUUUGAAAUUGUGCACAUGGAUGAAUUCAUAGAUGAACUUUUGAGAGAAGAGAGAAUUUAUGACAUUAUUUUGCCCCGCAUUCAGAAAAGGAGUGUGCUAGAAGAUACGAAUCAAUUAGAACCACGAAUAAGUGCUUUAGAGGAAGACAUUGAAGAUGUAGAGUCUUCAGAAGAAGAAGAAAUUAUUGAGCCUCGCCGUAGUCCAACACCAGAAAGGAAACGAGGGAGUCACAAAGAAGAUAAAAGUUACAGAAGCCCAUCCCCACGAGGGAGAAGAAACAGAAGUCGCUCUCCACACAGAAGAGAUAGAAAAAGCCCUGUUAGCAGAAGAAGAAGUAGUUCUAGAAACAGAGAUCGCCGCCAUCGUUCACCUGUUACGAGGCACAGAGAUGAUGACAGAAAGAAACGCAGUAAGAAAGCCAAACGGGAUCACAGAGAACGCAACCGAGAUACUGACAGGCACCGGGAUAGAGGCCGUGAGCGUGACCGUGACCGUGAUGACAAGAGAGACAGAGACAGAGGUCAUAGAGGGGGCCGAGAUGAGAUUCGAGAGGCCAAUGAACUCAGAGCCAGGCUUGGGAUGGCCCCUCUUAGGCCUUAGUGUGAAUGCAUUCAAGUUUUAGUGUUUGUAAAAACAUUAAAACCAAAGUAAACCACUCCGGUUCAUCAUCUCUUUGUAAAUAAAUUCAUCUUUGUUAUAAACUCAUCAUUUUUAUUAA